GUUGGUGGAGAGGUCGGGGAAUUUGAUACCGGAGGAGAUUGACGAGGUGAUGAGGGAGUUAGAGAGUUCACAUUUAGACGUGAAGGGGAUAUUUAGGAUAAGUCCGUUGAAGCAUCAGCUAGAUGAGGUAAAGAGUCGGUUAGACCAAGGCGAGAAGAUUGAAUGGAAGAAACAGGACGUACAUACGUGUACAGGGGUGGUGAAGUCUUUUUUGAGAGAGUUACCUGAGUGUUUGUCGGGCAAAAAGGUAUACGCGAAGUUGCUGAAGAUAGGCGACAUGGAGGGGGGAGAGAGUAUGAAGAGCGCGUUGAAGGAGGCGAUAGACCAGGUGCCCAUGCCGAAUUACGUGUUGUUGAAAAGGGUUAUUCGUCUGUGUUAUUUGAUUGACAAAAAUCGAGAGAAAAACAUGAUGUCUGCUCAGAAUUUGGCAGUGGUGCUGGGACCGUCUCUGUUGUUUUCUCCUGGGACUGCGGUUGAAGAGAUGCUUCAGUGCGUGAGGAAGGUGAACAAAGUGGUGCAGAGCAUGAUUGUGAAUUUCGAGGAGGUGUUCACCAGGGACGAGGAGGGAGAUGGGCAGCGGAAUCGAUCUGCGUCGUCUGGAAAGUCUGCUGGGCUUUCGAAGAUGCUUCGACCGCCCUUCUUGAGAUCGUCAUCGAGGAGGUUGCAGAGACUCAUGUCGAAUUUGUCUCCGACAGGGCAGAACGCGGAGCCGACGAACCCUUCGAACUCUUCGAACUCUUCGUCGCCGGUUGAGGAAGAUGACGUGUUUGCGCGGUUUUCGAAGUUGGCCGAAGAGGAGGCCAAAAGUCGAGUGAGAGUUGUACAGAGUCCGAUAAAGUCCGACGAGAAGAACUUAUCUCUUGGCGAAGCCACGAAGGAGCUUCUAUUUAAAUCGUCCUAUGUACAAGAUCCGGAGAACAUGAUGUUUAUUAUGAACAAAAUGUUGUUUGCGGUUAACGAGCGUGUUGAUUCUGAAGGCCGUCUGGUUAUGGCGGUUCAGAGCUUCAUCAAUCAGGUGUGCAAAUUCACCUCGCUGGCGCUGGCCGUGUUGUGCGGAGUUGAUGGUCAGCUGCCCAACUUGAUAUUGUAUCUCAAAAGCACCGCCGUUUCGAUGAAGAGCAUCCUUGUCCUCCUGAGGAAGGACGAAAUGCGCAUUGACCACCUCCAGAAGAAAACGCUGAUCCACCUUUCCAGUCUGCUUCAUUACAAAACGAUAGAACUUGCCUCCGUGGUCAAAAAGGUGGAGGGGAAUCAGGACGACACAUCCCUCUACAAGCUCUCGCGACUCACUGAAGAAUACAUGGAGAUAUGCAACAGAUUCUACUCGUUCGUUCGCUUGAUCCCCAGCAACCAAAAGCUCAAAGAAGACUCGAAAAAGCUGAUACUCUGCGUUAAGCAGAUCCUUCUCGCCUCUACCCACGCCGUUCCUCAAAAGGUCAUGGAGAUCUUCAACGACUAUAAGAUUUUCAACAGCGACUUCGUCACGGAUGUCGAGGCCAUCAUUAGCAGGCAUCUCGCAGAGCAAAACAAUGUGCUCACACAGGUCGUGUGAGGGACGGCGUCUGAAUUUCGUUCGAAUUUCGUUCGAAUUUCGUUCGAAUUUCUUUCAAAAAUUUCCGACCCGACUGUGUGCUCAAGUCAACUUUUGCGGGGCAUCCUUUCAUUUUUUGGUAUUCAUGGCGACUGCUACUCAGGUGAUCAAAAAGAUACUUCCGCUCUUCGACCGGGUCCUGGUAGAGAAAAUCCAACCGCCAAAGCAGACGGCUGGUGGCAUUUUGCUUCCUGACUCUGCUGUCACAAAGCUCAACGAGGGCCGUGUGGUGGCGGUGGGGAAGGGCAAGCGUUCCGCGGACGGCAAGUACACACCCAUUAGCAUUGGGAUAGGCGACACGGUCAUGCUUAGCGAAUACGGUGGGAACGAGGUGAAACUCAAUGGGAAGGAGUAUCUUCUUAUUCGUGAGGAAGAAAUUCUUGGUAUUGUAGAAGAGGCGCCUGCGCAUUAAAGGAGAAGAAGAGAGUUUGAUCUCGGAUUUACUCUCUCUUCAUUAGGGUAGAAUCCGGGACAGUUGCCAAUCUUUUGUUCAUAUAGGAAAAGAAGGGGAGCGCAUAAUGCGUGUGUUUCGUGCGCGCGACGGCUCACCGACUGUACACAAUAAAGUUCAGGCGCUAGAAGCCGUGCUUCGGAAAA